GAGAAGUAUAAAAAGAAAAAGUUUGUGGAGUUGAAGCACCGGCAACACAAGCGCUGGGCAUCCCCGUUAGCAGCUGCCUGUACCGGCUGCAGUGACAUCAUGAAGCUCCUCCUCCUGCUCCUCCCCUUCCUCGCUGGAGUCCUCACACAGGCCUGCCCCAAAGACUGCAUGUGCAACACUCCCAAAAAAAUCUUCUGCAUCUAUCGGAAAUCCGCACUGGUUCCCCAAGGGGUUCCAGAUGACACAGUGAGUCUGUACCUCUUUGAGAACAAGAUCACCUCCUUGAGCGCUGAGGACUUUGCUGGGCUGAGCAAGCUUGAGCUCCUGGAUCUCUCCCAAAAUGCUAUCUCCCACCUCCCCAGCCAGGUCUUCCGCCCGCUGGAGUCUCUCCGCAACCUGGACCUCUCGUCCAACCACAUCGAGGAGAUCACCAACGAGAGCUUCUCGGGGCUUCGCUGGCUGGAGCGCCUGUACCUACACGGAAACCGCAUCUCCGCCAUCCAUCCGGCUGCCUUCGACGACCUGGAUCAUCUCCUUGAACUCAAGCUCCAGAAGAAUAGCCUCCAUGUGCUGCCAGCCCUCCACGCUCCCAAGCUGCUCCUCCUGGAUAUCAGCUUCAACCAGAUCCCCUCGCUGAACGCCCGGGACCUCCACACAGCCAACCUGGAGACCCUAAAGCUGUCUGGCCUGGGGCUCAGCUCCUUGGACGGAGAGAUGUUUGAAAACCUCGGGAAUCUCCAUGAGCUGGACCUCUCGGACAACCAGCUGACCGAUUUCCCCAUCGCCCUCAAAACUUUGCGGGGUCUGACAAAGCUCAGCCUGGCGGGCAACUCCCAGGUAUCCCAGCUGAGAAACGAGGACUUCCACAACCUGGCCAAUCUCCAGGAGCUGGACGUGAGCAACCUGAACCUGCAGGGUUUGCCUGAAGGCUUCCUGAAGCUCUUUCCCAGGCUACAGACACUCACUGCGGCAGAGAACCCCUUCAACUGCAUCUGCCCGCUAGCCUGGUUUCCCCCAUGGGUGCGCAAAAGUCAAGUGCAGCUGCUGAGGAUCGAGGAAACCAGAUGUCACUUCCCCCCUCUCAACGCUGGCAAGGUCCUUGAAAGGCUGGAGCACCACGAUUUUGGAUGUCCUACCACCACCACUGUGAUAACCACCAAGGUCAGCACGAGCACUUCUAAGCCAGGGUCGACCACUGGUAUCUCACUAACCCUAGCACCUAGCCAGCCCUCCACUCAACCACCCACAGCCAAGGAAGAAAGCACACCAGCUCCAGUCUCUCCAGUUGCCAACAGCAAAACAAGCCCCAAGGUGUUGCACAUCUGCCCAUCCAACAUCUGCCUGAAUGGGGGAACCUGCCAGCUGGAUAACCUGGGGGAGCUGGAGUGCGCCUGCUCCAAAGGGUUCUGGGGACCCUACUGCGAAAACGCAGAGGGGACUCCCGAGACGAUAUCCACGUCAACUGUAGAGACGGAGUCCACCAUCAAUGCCAGGCAGGUCACAAGCACGUCAAUAGCAGUCGACCUCCACCGCUACAUUCAAGCCAGACGGCACCUGAAAGGGAUUCGCCUCACCUACAGGAACCUCUCCGGUCCGGACAAGCGGCCAAUGCACCUGAAUCUGCCACCAUCCUACCCAGAAUACACAUUGCGCGGGCUCCGGCCCAACUCCACCUACUACAUCUGCGCCAGCCCUAUGGGGGAGCCAGAGCAACAGGACAGCUGCUGUGUUGAGGCCCAGAUCUCCAGCCAGGAACACCAUUCCCCCGUCACCCAGUCCUAUGACGGGCAUCUGACCACCAUGGUGGUGCCGUCUGUGGCUGCUGUGCUGCUGGUGGUGGUGGUGGCGGCCGUGGGAUUCUACUAUCUCCGCAGGAGACGUGCUAAAGAUCACAAAGGGGCUGACCCUUGCCCCUUGGAACUCGAGGGGGUCAAGUCGUGUUUGGAGAACGGGACUCUACCCCCAAAGGGACCAGAGAUAACGCAACCCCAAAACGGGCUGGAGUGCGAGGUCCCGCUAAUACACAGGCACUGCCCCAGCAAUAACAACGUGCCGGCCAACAUGAAAAACUCUUACUUCUGAGCCCCUCUUAGAGAAAGCCUCUUUAGAGAGACUGAGAAGAAGGCUUGCCCCUCCCCUCCUUCCAUUAGAGAGGGAUCUGGGGGUUUCCAGAUGCUGGUUUCUGGAGCUGAUGGGGAAAAAAAAGUGAUGUGCAAUAGUCCGUGAGGAUUUUUUUUGAUGACUGAAAAGCAGACUGUGUAAAAAUAUCUAUUUUUUUAAAACUGCAUAUAAGUGCCUCACAGAUGUAUGCAGAGUAUUGGGUUUUUUUUAAUACAUAUUUGUUGUAACGCAUGGGGCUUGUAAAAUGAUUGAACCAGAUAACAAAGGAAAGGAAGGAAAACAAUUACAAUUAAAGCCACGAAUACAGUUGCUUCUCAAGAAUAUCAUCCUGAAACCAUGGAGAUUUGUAUAGCGGCUGAAACCUAGACAUUUCUACAGCUACCGAAUUCUGCACAGCUCGCCGGGGGAUGUGCUGAGCCACCAAGCGAGCCAACAAGCUCCAACUGAACUGCCUUGCAGGCAUUAAAAACCCCACAAGGAACCUGCCUGGGGGGGGGGGGGGGGGCGACAUGGGCACAUCAACUGAAAAACAAGCAGCCCGAACAGGUUCGCAAUGCAAAUAUCUUUAAAGACACUGAGACUGGCACAGUUAAAGGAGCGGUGGACGUUUCACUGUUUCACUGAACACUGACCCCAUGUUGCUGGCAGUGUGGGCAAUACAGGAUUUGCAUCUCUGACUAAGACACUGACUUUCUGAGCACUUGUCCUUAAGACUUAAGUUCACAAAUUUUCCAAAAAACGAACCCACCAGAGUGAUCAUAUUUUCUAUCACAUUUCUUUCCGCUAUAAAAAAUAAUAUUUUUUUUUUGUUUUUGUUUUUUAAAACACAAAUUUCAUAUAAGACUUGAACUGGAACUUCUAGCUUUGUGGCAUGAGGAAUUGAAAAUACUCCAAAUAUUUUCAAUGUUAAAUCAUUUUUCCCUAUUUAUUCUGGGAAGCCCCCCUUCUCCUGUAUUGAUUUUGUAAAAUAUGACGCCCUUUGUAAAAAUAUACUGCUGCAUAUUUGUGUUUUAUGAUUUCAUUUUUUUUUUUUUUUGUUUAGUUUUCUCUUCAAAUAAAUAAACAAAACUGUUUCUGUUUCAUAACUUGGCAUACAUCAUUCUGAAUGUUAAUUUAAGGGCUCCUACACAGUUUUCAUUUUCACAAACGUGUUCUUUUUUUAUUUCACUCACUUCAAAAGAAAGUCAGCCGAGAGAGGGCUGUUCUGUAUCACUGUGGACAGCCCUGCUCAAGCAGGCACUAAUUACAGAACCCAAGAGAUGGCUGCAGCCUGCUGCAUUGUCUCCGGUUCCUGGCCUGCAACAAGCUCACCCUGCAUUGUGAGC